UUGCCCAGGAGUGCUAUGUAUAUUGCAUUAUCAGCAUUUAUAGAUCAGCAUUUAGGAUGACAGUUGUAUAACAUUGACUUUAUGCCAGAUAUGUAUUACAGACCUUAUGCCAGCCCCUUCUGAGGAGCAGCAGUGCCUCUAAAAUGAGUUUCCAUGAAAAGAGCGAGGAAGGAGUUUCUGUUCAGGCUAAAAGUGCAGGAACUCCAGGACCCAGCUGUGUGUCUAUGAAGAGUGACGUAUCUAUGGGCAUGCCACCUGAAUUCAGCGGGCAAGCAGUGACCUCUGACCCCAAGGAUUUGCUCCAGGUUCGUUCCACAUGUGGAGUGUGUGAGCAGGUUCUGAGAGAUCCAGUCUCGAUUUCCUGUAGACAUAGUUUCUGCAAAACGUGUAUCAGCUGCUACUGGACUAAGUCCAGUCCAUCAGAAGACUUUGACUGUCCUCAGUGCAGGAAGAGAUCUAGAACACGGCCCAUUCUACAAACAGAUAAAGUCUCGGGAGGAUCCAGAUCUGCUGGUUCUGCUCUUUGUUACACAAAAGCAGCCUGGCUGAAGGAGUCUAAAAACCUGCAGCCGGUGGUGGAUGAUGUCCUGCAGAGAGUCAAAGAGAGACACAAAACCAGCAUGAGGAACAAGUAUGAGAACUUAUUUGAGGGAAUCAGACGACAGGAGAAUCAAACCCUCCUGAAUAGGAUCUACACACAGCUCUAUAUCAUAGAGGGAGAGAGUGAAGGGGUGAAUGAAGAACAUGAAGUGUUACAGAUGGAGAAAACACCCAGGACACAACAUUCACAAGACACUCAAAUCCACUGCAAUGACAUCUUUAAAUCCUUAACUGAACUAGGAUGUGAGGGGAAUGACACAAUAAAGACUGUUCUUACUAAAGGCGUUGCUGGAAUUGGAAAAACAGUGUCUGUGCAGAAAUUCAUUCUGGACUGGGCUGAAGGAAAAGCUAAUCAGGAUGUUGAUUUCAUGUUUGUGCUUCCAUUUCGAGAGUUGAACUUGAUUAAAGAUCAUCAGUACAGUAUUCGCAAACUUCUGCUCGACUUUCUUCCUGAACUUCAAGAUGUGGACUCAAAGAUUUAUGAUGAAUGUAAAAUGGUGUUCAUCUUUGAUGGUCUGGAUGAAAGCCGAAUUACACUGACGUUUUCAGACGGACAGAAAGUUUCUGAUGUGAAUGAGUCUUCAUCAGUGGGUGUGUUGAUGUCAAAUCUCAUUAGAGGAGAGCUGCUUUCAUCUGCUCUCAUCUGGAUCACCUCCAGACCAGCAGCGGCCAAUCAGAUCCCUUCAGAUUGCAUUAACCGGGUGACAGAAAUUCAGGGAUUCAAUGACCCUCAGAAGGAGGAAUAUUUCCGGAAGAGGAUCAGCGAUCAGCAUCAAGCCAGCAGAAUUAUCUCACACAUCAGAAGAUCAAGAAGCCUCCACAUCAUGUGCCACAUACCCGUCUUCUGCUGGAUCUCAUCCACUGUGCUUCAGAACAUCCUGAAACAAGACGACAGUGCAGAAAUCCCUCAAACUCUGACUGAAAUGUACAUCCACUUCUUGAUCAUUCAGAUAAACAUCAGGAAUCAGAAGUAUGAUGAGAGAGAUCCGGGAAGACUCCUGGAGAGCAACAGGGAAGUGAUUUUGAGACUUGCGGAACUUGCUUUCGAACAGCUCAAGAAGGGCAACAUCAUGUUCUAUGAGGAGGAUCUGAGGGAAUGCGGGAUAGAUGUCAUUGACGCCUCAGUGUAUUCUGGGAUUUGCACUGAGAUAUUUAAAGAAGAGUCUGUGAUUCAUCAGAGGAAAGUCUAUUGCUUCGUGCAUUUGAGCUUUCAGGAGUUUCUGGCGGCUGUUUACGUGUUUUAUUGUUAUGUAAUUAACACUGUGGGGGCACUAAGGUUUUUUGAUUCCCUGCAUAAUUUGCUCAGAGGAGCUGUAGAUAAAGCCUUAGAAAGCGAGAAUGGACACCUGGAUCUUUUCCUCCGGUUCCUGCUGGGCAUCUCACUGGAGUCCAAUCAGAAACUCUUAAAGGAUCUACUGACUAACACUCACAGCUGUUCAAGGAGCAUUGAGAAAACAACUGCUUGUAUUAAAGACAAAAUUAAACAUGGACAUAAUCUUUCAGCUGAUAGAUCCAUCAAUCUUUAUCUUUGUCUCUUUGAAAUGAAAGAUCAGACUCUGUACAGAGAGAUCCAGGAGUUUCUGAAAUCAGACAAAUACUCAGAGAAGAAACUCUCUUCUGCACUUUGCUCAACAAUCGCCUACAUGUUUCAGAUGUCAGACGAGGUGCUGGAGGAGCUUAAUCCCAAGACAUUUAAUACAUCGGAAGAAGGUCGAAGAAAACUCUUACCAGCUGUGAAGAACUGCAGAAAAGCUCUUCUUGCUGACUGUAAUCUCACUGAUAAAUCUUGUGAGAUUGUGGCCUCAGCUCUACAGUCAUCAAACUCAGUACUGAGAGAGCUGGACCUGAGUAACAAUGACCUGCAGGAUGCAGGAGUGAAGCUUCUCUCUGAUGGACUGAAGAGUCCAAACUGUCAACUAGAGAAACUGAGAUUAUCUGGCUGUAUGGUGACAGAGGAAGGCUGUUGUUGUUUGGCCUCAGCUCUGAGUUCAAACCCAACACACCUGAGAGAGUUGGAUCUGAGCUACAAUUGCCCAGGACACUCCGGAGUCAAGAUGCUCUCGGAUCGACUGAACCACCCAGACUGCACACUGGAGAUACUCAAUUUGGACCACAGAGAGUCCUUCAGGAUCACACCAGGACUGCGGAAAUAUUCCUGUCAUCUCGCAUUCGAUCAAAACACAGUGAACACUCAUCUCAUUCUGUCUGAGAACAACAAAAAGGCAACAUAUUUGGAAGAGGAGCAGCCUUAUCCUGAUCAUCCAGAAAGAUUUGAGCAUUACGAGCAGGUUCUGUGUGGAGAGAGUCUGACUGGACGCUGUUACUGGGAGGCUGAAUGGAGUGGCUGGAGUCAUAUAGCAGUCACAUAUCGAGGUAUCAACAGGAAAGGAGGGAGCGACUGCAGGUUUGGACUCAACGAAAAGUCCUGGAGUCUGGUCUGCUCUGGUAAAAAUUACUAUGCCAGGCAUAAUAAUGCAAGAACUGACGUACCCGCACCCUCGUCAUGUUCUCACAUUAUAGGAGUGUACCUAGAUCAGCCAGCUGGCUCUUUGUCUUUUUACAGUGUUUCCUCUGAAACAGGCAAAAUGAUUCACAUUUACACCUUCCACUGCACAUUCACUGAGCCCCUCUAUGCAGGAUUUGGUGUUGGGGUUGACAGCGGCUCUUCAGUGUGUUUAUGUGAAAUGCAGAAGAUGUGAGGCAGGUGUGUCAAACAUCCAGACCGCGGGCCAAAUACAGCCUGUGGAGGAUUUUUUUUUUUAAUCACGCAACAUUUGUGCUAAAAUAUGCUUAAAUUAUUUAUUUAUUAUGUUAGUGUGAUAUUUAAUCUGUGUGCCAUACACAAAGAAACUCUGGUU